AUGAAUAAGCUCAAAUUUUGGUCUCGCAAUAAACAGGAUACUAAUCCCGCUAGGGAUGGUCCCAACAGCGCGGCAACCACUGCCGUUCCGUCGAUGGAGACCCAAAGGGAUUCGGAGAAGGGCCAAGGAGGAAUUAGCCUCACCAGCAAAUUACCUCACGUAACAAUGCGUACUUUCCUCAUGGCAAUUUUAGUGGCUAUGGGUGGAUUCAUUUUUGGCUAUGAUACUGGGCAAAUUUCAGGUUUCUUGGCGAUGAAGGUGUUUUUGCAACGAUUUGGGACGCCGACAGCCGUCACCACAAAAAACCCAACCGGUUACCAUUUCACCAUUGUUCGAUCAGGCCUUAUUGUUGCAAUGCUGUCCAUUGGUACUCUUGUCGGAUGCUUGGUCGCAGGGCCACUUGCCAAUAAAUUCGGCCGGAAAGCUUGCAUUCCAUGGUGGUGCUUAGUAUUCAGCAUUGGUGUUGUGAUUCAGAUGGCGGUUGGGUCAGGUAAAUGGGAUUGGGUUGGAAUAGUUAUAGGAAGACUGGUGGCCGGAUGGGGCGUUGGAGCUCUUUCCGUCCUUGUACCCCUAUACAUGGCUGAGGCUUCACCUGUGCCUGUCCGUGGCGCUAUCAUCGCUUGCUACCAGCUGUUUAUCACCGCGGGUAUAUUUGUGGCGAACUGCAUUAACUUUGGCACCGAGAGCCGCAACGACACGGGCUCAUACCGCAUCACAAUGGGUAUUGGCUUCAUUUGGGCACUCAUCCUGGGACUGGGAAUUCUACUACUACCCGAGUCACCCCGCCACGACUUCAACAUGGGACGACCGGAUCGCGGGCGCACAACUAUGGCAAAGUUUUAUGGCGUACCAGAACAUCAUGAAGCGAUUGAGUCUGAGACUGCGGAGAUCCAAAAGGUAAUGGAUGCUACCAAGGGCGAUCAUCCAUGGUAUGAAGCCCUCAGCGGCCCUCGCAUGCGGUACCGCAUUGCCCUCGCCAUGGGUUUACAGAUGCUGCAGCAACUCACGGGUGCCAAUUACUUCUUCUAUUACGGUACCACGGUUUUCACCGGUGUUGGCAUCCCGAAUCCCUUCGUUACUGCCAUGAUUCUCGGCGGAGUCAACUUCGGUUCCACUUUCUUGGGCGUAUGGAUGGCACGUCGUUGCCGCCGUAGAGAGUCCCUUUGGAUUGGCGCGCUCUGGCAAUUCAUGUGUUUUAUGGUCUUCGCCUCAGUCGGGCAAUUCAAAUUCAAGGGUGCCCCUGAUGACUCACCAACAGCAAAAACUGCUGGGACAGUCAUGAUCGUGUUCGCCUGCCUUUUCAUAGUUUCAUUUGCCAUCACCUGGGGACCACUGGUUUGGGCCUGUGUCGGCGAGAUGUUCCCAUAUCGGUACCGCGCUGUUGCCAUGGCCUUUGCAACUGCCUCCAACUGGUUUUGGAAUUUUAUGCUGGCAUUCUUCACGCCAUUCAUCACGGGCGAUAUCGAUUUCGCGUAUGGCUAUGUGUUUGCGGGCUGCAAUCUAGCAGCCUUCGUCGUGGUCUAUUUCUUCCUGAUAGAAUCCAGGGGCAAGACACUCGAGGAAAUCGACGCCAUGUACUUGCUACACGUAAACCCCAUCAAGAGCGCAGAUUUCCAGUUCGAUGAGGAGACGAAGAGAAAUAUAGCACAGGACGUCAACACGGAUGCGAUGCAUCUUGUCGGUCGGGGUAGAAACAUAAAGAAAGCCAACGAGGCGCUCGGCACCGGUGUACUCCACCAGGACCAAGAUCAAGAAGGCAACCGCAGCCACAGUGCGAGAGCUGUCUUCAAUCAUCAGAAUGGCGAGUCCUAA